UUCUCCUUUUUCCGCCAUUUUUCCUUGGUUCUAGAUCUGAGAGAGAAGAGCCAUGGAGGAGAAUCGGAAAAGUCCCACUCCUCCGCCGUGUCCCUCAUCCGUAACAGUACGCCGGAAUCCUCACCGGAAAGCUAGAGCUACGCCGUGGACCACCACGUCUAAGCCUCUCGCUGUCGCUCCGGCCUCCGCGAAGCCGCACGAUGUCCCCGCCUUCCCGAUCGACGAGAUUCUCUCGAUGCAGGUUCUCCAACCCGAGUCUAAAUCACCACCGGUCUUGGAGAAUCUGAAGGUGUUUCUCCGAAUCAAACCCUUGAAAAGCUGUACGAAGGUAGCCGCGAAGAGCAGACCUAGAAAUGUCUGGCCUCAGAAUCCGUCGAAGAAGAACAGGAAUCCGGAGAUCGCAAAGAAAAUGAAGACGAGCGAAGAGGUUUGUAUUACUGUUAACGAUCCAUGUUCUGUCACUCUCACUCCGCCUUCUGCAUUGCAAGAGCUGAAACGGAGCAAGACUGAGGUGUACGAAGGGUUUUCCAACGUAUUCCCGCCCAAUUGCUCUCAGAGUGAUGUGUAUGAAAAGAUGGCACAUCCUUUGUUAGAGGAUUUCCUGAGAGGGAAAAGUGGAAUGUUGGCUGCUUUAGGGCCUAGCGGCUCGGGGAAGACUCACACUGUUUUUGGGAGUCCGAGGGAUCCUGGGAUCGUGCCACUUGCCCUGCGUCGAAUUUUCUCGCAGAAGGAUGAGAAUUCUCCCGGAUCAUCUAGGUUAUUUUACUUAUCAGUAUUUGAAAUAUGUUCUGAACGAGGGAAAGGAGAGAGGGCUUCUGAUUUACUACGAGGUGGAGGUUCUGAGUUGUCUGUGAAACAGUCAACCAUCAAGGGUUUGCAAGAGGUACUGAUCAAGAACGUUGAAGAAGCAGAGUCCUUAAUCGGGCAGGCCGUUCUGAAACGUGCAACAGCUAUGACUAACUCAAAUAGCCAAUCCAGUCGCUCACAGUGCAUCAUUAACAUACGAGCUGCCUGUGUUGACUCUCCCAAUGGAAGUGGAGUUCAGUCUAGUGAUGCUAUGCUGACAAUAGUGGACCUGGCAGGAGCAGAAAGAGAGAAAAGAACUGGGAAUCAGGGAGAACGGUUGGUUGAGAGUAAUUUCAUCAACAAUACAUCUAUGGUCUUUGGCCAAUGCUUGCGGUCAUUGCUGGAGUAUCAGAAGAACCGAAAGAAGGGAUUACAGAAACAUUACCAGAAUUCUUUGCUGACAAGGUACUUGCGAGAUUAUCUGGAGGGCAAAAAGAGGAUGGCUUUGAUCUUAACUGUCAAAGCAGGAGAGGAGGACUAUCUUGAUACUUCUUUCCUUCUAAAACAAGCUUCACCUUAUAUGAAAAUCAAGUUUGACAAUGCUGAUGAGCCUUGCAACAAGAGGCAGCUCCAGACAUUUCCAAGAUCUGGGAUAAACAAGAGAAUCAAACUCAGUGCUCCCAAGACUUCUCAAGUCGAAGAUGUCGUUGGCGGUGAGAAAAAUCAAGUUUCUGCGGAAGUGUGUUUGCGGGCAGAGAAAGCUGAUAAAAAGGAUAGAUCAUCUCCUGGGCUGGACAGGGAUAAAAAUGAAAGAGACCAUAUCAUUAUGCGAAAUUUUGCUAAAGUUUUAUGGAGUGUCUUGAAGCAGUACAAUGAAAAACUAAAAGUUGCAGAAAGCGAAAUCUGUAGUCUCAAAGACAACCUUGGGAAUGAAAAGCUAAAAUCUCUUGGAUUAGAGAAGGAGUUGAUCAGUCUCAGGUCUGCUUGCCUGUCUUCCAAUCAAAAACUGGCCGAAGCAUGCGUUCCUGAGGUAGAAGCAGCUGUACAUGCUAAAGAACCUUUCGCAGUUGAUGCAAGUUUGGUUAGUGAGGUAAGGAACGCGAAUGGUGAUUAUUCUGGUGCUAUUGAGACAAAGGGUGAUGCUAACGCGAAAGUAUGCCGUGAAUCUGUUGCAGCAAGCAAAUCUGUGGUCAAAGAUGCUGGACUCGUUCAACGUUCGAUGUCUUCAGAUAAUGGUGAACAACCAAGACCUGUGAGUUCUGAUGACAUUGUGGGUAUCGCUACUACGUCUCUAUAUGUUGAAAUCGGAAGUGUUGACCACCAAAGAGAUCAGUGCUGUGACAAUUCUGCAGUGGCUGAAAACAAGGACAAGGAUUCAAAUGAAUCCAAUGGUUUGAAAAUCAAGGACAGCCAUCAUGGAUUGGACGUAAAAGGUUCAGGUUCUGUGGUCAGCUCUUCUCAAUCAGGUGAUAGUGAUGGAAGUAGUAGCUACUCAGUCUUAGAGUUAACCCUCGAACCUCCCCGAGGGGAUAUGGUUGAAGAUGCUUCAACACUUUCACCAAAGCAAGUUGAAUAUCCUCGGGAAUGCAGCAACGGGUUGUCUGAUAUUCCAACCAAAUCUACAAGAUCCAGCAGAUCUCCAAAUUCAGAGGAAAAAGAAAGGUUGCUCACAUCAUCUGAAUUGCUGGCUGAGGAAAAGAAUUCCUCGGAUAUGAAAAAGACUGACAAAUCACAGGAAGAAAACGCUCCGACACCUUCAGAAAAGCAAGUUGAAGUUAGUCAGGAAUGCUACAAUGUGGUACUUGAUAACCAAUCGAAAACUUCAACUUCCCCAACAGUUCCUGAUUCCGAGGAACCAAAAAGAAACAGGAGAUUAUUCCCCUCAACAUCUGGAUUCCUGGCCGAUGAAAUGAACCCAUUGGACAUCGAAAACACGACAGAAAAACCAAAGGAUCAAACUCUUGUUAAACCCGUAGCUGAAUCAGCUCCGGGCCAUGACACUGAAGUGGCUGACAACAAAUCAAAAGCAGCCUCGACCAAGAAACCCAAGAAAGCAGAGAAGCCCAAAAGGAGGCUUCUACCGGCUUCAUCUGUGUUACUUACAAGAGACAUAAAAACGCUCGACAUUGAGGACGACGUCAUGGAGACAAAGAGGUGGGAGGAAGAAGACAAUGGAAGAAGGAAAACAGAGAAGCCAAGGAAGUGCCACUCUUUUUCGCCUUCUCACUACCAAUCUUCGUCUCUAACAUAUCAUGGGAGGCAAACGUAUGUAUGUAUGUAUACUCUCCCUCUCUCUCUCUCUCUCUCUCUCUCUCUCUCUCUCUCUCUCUCUCUCUCUCUCUCUCUGUGUUUAUUUCUUGCACUCAUAUACGUUGUUGGAUAACUCAAUCUGAAUUGUCUACAAGUAUGUUGGCUUUCGGGUUUUUUUUUUCCAUGUUUGGUUUUGUGUCUGUACAUAGAAGUUUCUACUCGUGAUUUGUUGUUUGGAGUGCCAAGUCGUCUAGAUCAUUUAUCUGUUUUUUUU